AGAAAGCCUCCCCCAGAUGACCUGCAUCAAGGCCAUCGACGUCUACAUGGCGGUCUGCUUCUUCAUGGUGGUCCUGUCCGUGAUAGAAUAUGCCUUCAUCAACUACGUCUACUACAACCGAAGGAACAUCCGAGGCCAUAAUAGGCGACGCAGAAGAAUCCAGAGAAUCAUGGCCCGCUAUCGCUUUGAGGAAGUAUUUUUCCUAGUUUUCUUUUUAAAUUGAAAGCAAAACGAGCAGGAAACCACCCAGAAGAUGAGGGACAUAGAGGCUGGCUACCAGCUCCCAGGUCCGUAUGAGGAGCGCCCCACCCCUCCGUCCCCUCCAAUCGUGAUUGUUCACCCAAGACCUAACUCUGAUGACUCUCAGAAUGUGUCUGAUGAUGAAGGUGCCUCCCCAGCACGUUCCGUGCGGCAGGCCAGGCGGGCCAGCCCGGAAAGCUGCAGCCCUUUGAGCACUGUGUCCAAGUCAGCCCCUCUGGCCAGUUCCGAAAGCCUCAGCUCCCUGUCGUCUGUCUCCACUCAGUCCUCUCGAGCCACGAAGCAAAGCCUAAACGAGGUGCCCCCCACCUCCGCACACACCCCUUUUGACUUCCUGGAGGGCACCAGGGCCCUUCCCUUCAAUAGUCUCCUGCAUGCGGAGGCCCACGGCCACCCUGACACUGAAGACCUUGAUGACACAUCCACCUCAGGUGUGAGCCACGAUCAAAGGCCCCGAGAGAGGCAAGACAGCGACUUCCCUCGUAGUCUUGGUGACAUCCUUGAAGACGAUCCCAUAGACCUGGCUGAAUACAUCCAACCCAAGCGCAGUGCCUGCAACAUCGAAGAGGGACCCAAGAGUGACGAGGGGGAGAGCUCAGACCUCAGCAGAGAGUUCCUGGGCCCCGAGCAAGACAGCUCCUCUGAUGACGACAGUCUGCCUGACGAUGCCACAUUCAUGGAGAAGAUCCUUCACCCCUCCUAUAUCCCCACCAUCGACAAGUGUUGCCGGAUCAUCUUCCCACUGACCUUCCUGGUGUUCAACAUCUUCUACUGGCUUUUCCAUUUCAUGUAGGCCCUCGGUGCCAUGGAGCUUCAGGCAUGCUGUGUGCUGCCCUCAUGUGCCCUUUGACUGUUUGUCCCCAUUUCCUUUGGGUAGCUUUUCAGACUCAAGGCGAGGAGUUGUCACAAAGUUCUGGUUGGAAGAGGGGGUGGCAGAGUUGGAGGAGAGCAAGACAUAGAUUUUCCUUUCCUGCUAGAGGAUACACACCUUUCCUCAGAGUAUGACAAACAGACAGGACUCGGGCAAGCUGAGGUGACUGAGAAGAGCUGCGUGCACCCAAGAGGCCAGUUGUCUAAGGAAUUUAAGAGGCUUGCUCUUCCUCUGGGGCACUGCAUUUCUCUGUUCCCUUUGUCUUGUUUUCUUUUCUCCUACAAGGGAUUAAGGUCCUUGCUCAUGGCCCUCUUGGGAUUACAUAGGAGAAAGUCAACUGGGUAGGGCUGGAGUGCACAGCGGGAGUGGCUGGCCUUGUCUGCGAGCUGCAAGGUGCUGGUCCUCGGGAAGCUUGCAAGUACCUCUCCCACACUAUUUUCUGCUGCAUGUUGUAUUUAGUGUUAUAGUUCAGGGUAGAGAGUGACUCAGGGAUAGCCAGUGGGUCAGGUGAUGGAGUAAAAACAUAGUGCCUCCAGUAGGGCUUUGCAGGAGGUGAAUGAUAGGGUUGGGGACCACCCAGAUUUAGCAGCUUUUGAGAGACUGGAACUUCUCUUGCCUAGUUCCGCUUCAGAAAGCCUAACAAUAGAGACUUUGUACAUCUGUUGAGAUGAGUUGCUCUCUAAUCACAGAGCAAGAAUUUGGUGAAAGAAAACCAGGGGUAGGCAAUGUCUGCCUUGCCAACCGAUCAGAAUUAGCUGAUAAGAAGAGUUGUGCAUCUAAAUACUAAUCCUUCCCAUCCAUUCCAUACUUAGCAAGUGUCAGUGAGCUUCUCUGACUCCACAUCUUCAGACAGGUGCUGUGGGAGCCUGAAAAGGAAAAACUGGUCAAGAGGGAAAAUAAAACUUGUGCUUUGAAACGGGUUCUGGUGAGUAGUGGAACCAUGCCACUUGUUCUUCCUUCUUCUCCUCUGAACACUCUCAAUGAAUACUUUGCCUUCUCUGGUCCUUUAUUAAAGGGGGUUCUCCAUCUAGCACUGCUUAUCUGCCGGGUCCCAGGAUGCAUCUUCCAGCAGCUCUGUGGGAAGAGGUUAGUGAUCUGCCAGUGAGCAUUAAGCAAGCCACUGCCCACCAUGAGGAGCAGCUGAGGGAGGUAGAAUGCCUGAGCUUCAAUUUGUCAAGUCCAUUUCUUCAUUGACAAAGGCCCUGUGGUAUCAAGAUUUCCCAAGUGCUCAACCAGUAUCCCCCUUCCUUCCUCUGAAACCUCUCCUACCCUCUCAGCACCUCCCCUUUGAACUGUGUUUGUGUGAUUGUGUUUUUGUGUAAAACUGAUGUUAUGUGCGUCAUGUAGCUAUGUACUUAUGCCCAUUUAAGGAGCUAUUUAGCUCUA